AUGUCUUCCGUUUCUACAAUUCCGUUCGCCGAUCCUCUCUGGCUGAACCGCAGUCUGAGUGCAUAUUACAACGACUCCCACCGACGACUCCAAAAAGAGGCCCGGGAGUAUGUCGAUACCUAUAUCGCCCCCUUCUGUGAAGAGUGGGAAAAGCAGGGUUUUGUCCCACAAGAGGCGAGCACACCGGCAACGAAAAGAGAAGCAAUCCCAGCUAACGCCUUUUCUGUAAAACAGGUUCACAAGCGCCAUGCAGAACUCGGAUACACAGCUGUGAGCUCUUUCCCGCUCGCUGCAGACUAUCUGGAUGGCCAGAGACUUCCCGGUGAUAUUGAUCCACGAGACUGGGACGGAUUCCAUGACAUAGUGGUCAUCGAUGAAAUAGCCCGUUGCGGAUAUUUGGGCGUCAUCUGGGCGUUGGGAUGCGGUAACUCAAUUGGUGGACCGCCAGUGAUCAACUUUGGCAAUGAGGAACAGAAGAGAAGAUUUCUCCCCGAUAUGCUGAAGGGAAAUAUCAGAUUCUGUCUGGGAGUCACGGAACCCGACGGACAUACAGCUGGGUCUGAUGUGGCUGGACUGACCACCACAGCGAAGAGAAAGGGGGACGUCUACAUCGUCAAUGGAGCAAAGAAAUGGAUCACCAAUGGCAUCUUCGCGGAUUACUGCACCGCGGCCGUGAGAACAGGUGGAGAGGGCACCCAAGGCAUCUCGGCUCUGGUCAUUCCGCUGAAGGCACCAGGGGUGACUUGCAAGAAACUUGACAACUCCGGUGUCCAUGCGAGUGGCUCAACGUACAUUGAAUUCGACGAAGUGGAAGUGCCUGUGGCCAAUCUUCUUGGCGUGGAAAAUAAGGGAUUCCCUGUGAUCAUGAACAAUUUCAACCACGAGCGCCUCUGGCUUGCGUGCACUUCACUGCGGAUGGCGCGUGUCUGUGCUGAAGAUGCCUAUCAGCAUGCCAUCAAGCGCGAGACGUUCGGCAAGAAGCUCAUCGAGAAUCAAGUGAUUCGGGCCAAGUUUAGCGCCAUGGCUCGCAGUCUUGAUGCCACAUAUGCGUGGAUGGAACAAUUGGUCUACAUCUCCGAAACGGCAAAAGAACAGGGCGUUGAUGCUUCCAUGGGAGGUCUCUUUGCCAACUUGAAGGUUCAGGCAGGUCAAACACUGGAGAAGGUCAACAGGGAGGCACAGCAGGUUAUGGGUGGACUUGGCUACUCAAAGAACGGCCGUGGGGCGAGGAUCGAGCAGGUCAGUCGCGAUGUGCGAGUGAUGGUGGUGGGUGGUGGGAGUGAGGAGAUUCUUUCGGAGUUGGCUGUCAACCAGGAGAUUAAGAGUAUGAAGAAGAGCAAGCUGUAG